AUGAGCGGCACCCGGGCGCUCGGGCUGCCGCCCGCGGCCAGCCGAGGCAUCGUGGAGGCGUACGUUGCCCGCGUGGCCCCGCAGCUCCCCGAGGGCUUCGCAUUCGCGACCCUGGCGCCGUGGGUCUCACCGCACAGGCCAGAGAGGCUCGUGACGCCGCACGCUGGCCACUGGGACGCAGGAGAGGUCGCGUCGCUGCUGUCUGGGGCCAGCCUGCUCGUGCCGUGCACGCUCGAGACAAAGCACGAGAAGCGCAUGAUACAGAAACUGUUGAAGCAGAUCGAGCCGAGCAGCAACUUGCGUGUGGCCCUGCUGCAGCUGCUCGAGAUCCCAGGCGCCAUGAAUAAGGAGUACGUGCAGAUGCUCAUGGCACGCCACGACGCGCUCCUCGCUCUGGGUGCCGACGUGGUGAUUCUCGACCCCAGCGACGAGAAAGAUCGGCUGUACGCAGAACUCAACCAAGAGCAGGCGUGGGUCGAAGUAAAUUUCCAGCGUGUUCAGUGUAUGGUCAAAGAUGCGGACGCGGCAGCACAGGCUGCGUUGGAGUACCACCACGAGCUGCUGUGGGAGAGCAUCCCGAAAACUAUGAUGCAUGCGUUCCCCCCGAUCAAUCCCAACCUUGUGGAGACGGCUUCCAGCGUGGGCGAUUACCAGUUGAUGCACCGCUUGGACACAGUGAGCGGCAACGUGUUCCUUGCGAGUCGAAGCGAGACUGAGAAAGUCGUCCUCAAGGUCUAUGACAAGGCAGACUUUUUAGAUGCUGGGGACGUGGAGAACACUUAUCGCGAAUUGCGUUUCCUGAGGGACGAGCUCCGACACCCGCACAUCGUCCGGUGCAUUUGCGUGCUCCAUAGCUUCUCGCGGGUGUACUUGGCCCUCCAAGUCGGGGGCAAGAAGAAUUUGAGCCAGCACCUCCUGAACCGGCCAGGGUGCCGCCUCGAUUUGCAGGAUGCUGUGGACUGCACCGCUCAGAUAGCAGGAGCGCUGGCCUACUGCCAUUCGCGGAACAUCGUGCACAGGCAAGUGUCUUUGGAUCACGUCGUGGUAGAUGACCAGUCGGAAACGCUUUUCUGCCGCUUGGUGGACUUUUUCAGGGCGACGCGCUGCGUGGAGUCGACGCCGUUGACCACGGUGUGCGGGGAUCUGCCGUGCAUCGCCCCAGAGACGGUGCUGGAGACGUCCUACGUCGCCAAGCCGGCGGACUGCUGGAGCCUCGGGGUUGUGCUCCUCGAGGCCGCUGGGGGCAUGGGCUCGAUGAGGCGAGCGGUCGGCUGGCCGGAUGACGCGGGGUUGGAGCCCGCCGCCGCCAGGAUCAGGACUUUCUUCUCCCGCGAUGGCAGUCACGCCCGCGCGCUGGCGGUCGUGGGCGGCGUGCUCAGCCACGCGGUGCUGGCCAGGCUCUCUGGGCUCCUCGAGCCGGAGCCCGCGGCCCGGGCCAGCGCGGGCGCCCCCUUGCAGGCCUCCUAG